CUGCAUUUAAACGCUGUAAUUUUAAUACGUAUUAGCAAAAUCUUCGCGUUAGACCAGCGUAAAUGGCGCUGCUGAGUUUUUUUCUGUGAUCUUAUGAAGAUUUAGUCCGUAAUGUCUGACUAAUCUGGAUCCAUUUGGUACGGGUACGAUAAAAGUGUCGCACGCGAAAUGUCUGCCGAAGCAACGCGUCCUUCUGUACCGAACUCCAUAUGGCCGUCUAGCCUGGAUUCACUCAAAAAUUUGGCGUCCGAAGUUAGCUCCAAAGUGACAUCAGCAAAAAACGCCAUUGAGAAACGCCUUCAUGACGUCGUGGAAAUGUUUCCCGUUAUUGAUUUAACCCAGGAUGCGGCUCCAGUUACUUUAUCCGAGCCGCCACGGUUUUAUAUUCCACAGGAAAGCAGUCAGACGCCGUCAUUCUGGACAUGCCCGGACUGUACCUACGCGUCCAAUUCCGCCUCACGGGAACGGUGUAAAGUGUGUCAAAAGUCGCGAGCGGUUGGCACUGGGACAGUUUUUCGUCGUCCUUCACAGCACUCCGAGGACAAUGAGAAGAUCGGUUUGAAUCCGAACACGUCCAAUAUGCAUCAGUCAAAAAGCACAGGAUCGUUGUAUCCUUCACUUUCCAGCGUUGCUACUCAGAGUCCGUCUGUCAGUGAUCCCUCAAAGUGGGCUUGUGUCCAUUGUACACUCCUGAACAGUAAUACGACGAGUACGUGUGUGGCGUGCGGUAACAGCAAGACGACUCCCAAAGCAUCGCUGCAACGUUUAUUAUCCGCGGAACAAGGAUGGGCUUGUCCGCGAUGCACAUUUCUUAAUUCAGCGUCCGGAAAUGUGUGCUUGAUGUGUUCCGCAUCCAAAGAUCCCGCAGGUGGUCUGCAAGCUGUCGAUAAGUUUGAAGGCGAAGAUGUGGAAAUUUUGCGGCAAAUACACGAGCAGGAAGCGGUGCAGCAAUGGGAAAACAUAAUUUCUUUCUGUCGUCGGGACAAAAAUCCAUUUGUCGAUGACCGUUUCCCGCCCGUCAAUGCGUCACUGUCUAUCUGCAAGCCGCCAUCAGAGUUUGCCAAAGUUCAAACCUGGCUGCGACCAUCUCAGCUGAGGCAGUCACCCGUGAAUGGAGUUGUGCCACUGAAUCGACGGGAUGCUUGGACAGUGUGCCGAACCCCGUUGGCUUCCGAUAUUCGGCAAGGGAUUUUGGGAGACUGUUGGUUUUUGUGCUCCUUAUCGGUAGUGGCAGAGCGACCGGCUUUGAUUUACAAUGUUCUUUUGACUAAAGAAUAUAACAAGGAAGGAGCGUACUUGAUUCGGUUGUGUAUCGAUGGAUUAUGGAAGGUGAUUCUCGUGGAUGACUUAUUUCCAGUGGAUGGGUACGGAAAUUUGGCCUUUUCGCAGGCCGGGCGGAAGCAGCUGUGGGUGCCAUUGAUCGAAAAGGCUCUGGCGAAAGCACACGGCAGUUAUUAUUCUAUUGAAGGAGGCUUCGUAAAUGAAGGUUUGAUGUUUUUGACUGGUGCACCAUGCGAACGCAUCAAUCUUGAUGCUACUUCGCCAGAAGAGUAUGAUUCGAUUUGGGCUCGAUUGCUCAGUUCCCAUAGCUCACGGUUUUUAAUGGGCGCAAGUUGUGGAAAACUGAAUCAGUCGCUGAAUGAACAGGAAUGCCUAAGCCUUGGUCUUCGUCCGCGGCACAGUUAUAGCCUUCUCGAUGUCAUGGAUGCUGAUGGAAAUAGGCUCGUGCGAUUACGAGACCCGUGGGGACGGCAAGCGUGGAGAGGAGACUGGAGUGACCGAUCCAAAGUAUGGACACCGGCAUUGAGACAACAGUUGUUACCUCAUGGUGAUGCCGAGGGACUCUUUUGGAUUUCUCUGAGCGAUUUUGUGAAGUAUUUCGAAAGUGUGGAUAUUUCAAAAUAUCGGGAACACUGGAAGGAAAUCCGGGUUCAAGGAAAAUUUCCUAACUGCGCUCUGCAUACCAAUUGGUCGGUGUGGAUGUUGAGCGUGACCGAAACAACUGAAGUGGAUUUCACGUUGUAUCAACAAGGCUACCGGGGCGCUUCAACCGAAAUGAAUCAUCACCAUUUGGAUUUGGCUUUGCUGGUAUUUUCGAUCAGUCGAGAUGGAAAGGUGAUGAAACUGGUGGCUGCUUCUAAACGCACAGCUUUCUCCUUUGUUGGUGAAUCGACGCUGCUUGAUCCGGGGCAAUACGUUUGUUGGACUAUGGCAUUUAAUCAUUUCAACGACAUGAUUCUGCCGGAAGAAACCUUUCCGAAGAACGUGCUGGCAGUUCACAGUGCGAAAUCUAUCGUGGUGGAACGACUACCGGCACCCAGAUUUGCUUUGGCGGAUGCUGUUAUUGCUUGGGCUCUGAAUAGCGGAUCCCCUUCAUAUGAUAGAGAUGGAGUAGUUGCAUAUUCCGUUAUGACUGGUGGACUGAUUUUAGUCUACGAAAAUCGAUAUCGGAAUCACAAUGUGCAACUGAUGUGCGACUGUUCUAAGAGUCGUGAUGUGGUCAGUACUCGUGGCGUCCUCGUGACCGUGGAUCUCAUUCCUCCGCUCUCAAGAUGUGUGAUAUGUGUCCUAUCUCCUUCUCACGGCAGCUCGUUUUAUAUUCAUUAUUUCACCAAACAGCGUGUAGCUAACGCUUGGGAUGGUUUGGGUGAUUGGGGUCCUCCUGGUGUGAGACAUUUGCCGGAAGUUGAUACCGACUUGCUCCGUGAUCUACAUUCCCCUCGUCCACUUUGAAGUCGAUUUUACCUGCUCCUUCUGUGCAGCCAAAAAUUUGAACAGGACUUAUUGUUAUUUUACAGACCAAAUUUUGAUUAGGCAGCAACGUUAUAGCUGUACGGCCAAAUAUGUGAGAUUCUUAAUCUUAGUUUUUAUUUUUUAAUUUGCACUUUUGCCUACGGUAGGCUUUUGCCUUAGUUCCUUUUCGUUGUGAUUCUUGUGUAACUCUGUAAAUGAAUAUUUGUGGUUUAAAACGGUGUUUGAGGGGAGACGAAUUUCCUUGUCAGCCGGUUUUAAAGGUGUAUACUUUAUACGUAUACUGUAUUUCGGUUUUAAAGUGAAAUAAACUGCGCACAGA